CAGGUAACUCAACAGGCCGGAGCAGCCCGGUAACCUCUCCCAGCAGCUGGGCUGCGUCUUCCCCGGCGGCCACCCCCGAGACAAGUUAGCCGCCUGCCCGGGCUGUGGGGCGGAGUUCCGGGGGCCCAACUCGCCUCCGGGACAUAAAAGGCAAGGCUGACUCGGGCCGCCUCCCUCGCGAGCGGGGCAAUCCUCUCCGGCUGGAAAAAGAAGAAGAAGAAGCGAGAACUCCGCCGCGCUCGGACAUGGCUUGCUUCUUCCCGGGCGACCUCGCCCGCAGCCCCCGGCGGAGGAGCUGCAGGACCGCCUGCCCGCCGCCCAGGGCGAUGAUGGCCAAGCAGGCCUCUCCCUCGCCGCCGUCCUCGGUGCCCACGGCGACGGCCACCCUCAAGGAGGAGCUGCUGUGCCCCAUCUGCUACGAGCCCUUCAAGGAGGCCGCCACCCUCUGCUGCGGCCACAACUUCUGCAAGGGCUGCGUGAGCCGCUCCUGGGAGGGCCAGAGCCGCCCCGCCUGCCCCGUCUGCAAGGCGGCCUGUGCCCCCGAGGACCUGCGCACCAACCACACCCUGGCCAACAUCGUGGAGAUGUUCCUCAAGCAGGAGAAGAGGCAGCAGCAGCAGCAGCAGCAGGCGGCUGGCGGGGCCUCCCCGGGCCUCUGCUCCGUGCACCGGGAGGCAGCCAAGCUCUUCUGCCUGGAUGACAAGGAGCUGGUCUGCUUUGUGUGCCAGAGCUCCAAGCAGCACGCAGACCACCGGGUGCGGCCGGUGGGGGAGACCGCCAAGGACUACAGGGCCAAAUGUAAGGACAUGGAAAACUCCCUGCGGGAUAAAAUGCAAGAAUUUGGAAGAGUGCAGUCGAAUUACAGACUGAUUGCUGGCCACAACAAGGCAGAAAGUGGCCGGCUGGAGAAGGAGAUCAAGAAGCAGUUUGAGCAACUGCACGCGUUCCUGCGGAGCGAGGAGAAGACCAUGCUGGACGAGCUGCAGGAGGAGGCCCAGAGGAAGCAGGGCCUGAUCGAGGACAAGAUCAAGAAGCUCUCGGAAGAGAGCAGCCUCCUACAGCAGGAGGUCAGCCAGCUGCAGGCUGACCUGAAGGAAGACGACCUCUCCUUCCUCAAGAAACACAAAACCCGGAAGCGCCGAAUUGCCUGGACAGUCGAGGAGCCAGAAGCCAUUCCUGCCGGGACGCUGAUCGAAGUCACCAAGUACUUGGGAUCCCUGCAAUACAAUGUGUGGAAGAAGAUGCUGGAUAUCAUCAAAGUGGUCCCAUUUAGCUUCGACCCCAACACAGCGGCCGGCUGGCUGGCUGUCUCCGACGACCUCACCAGCGUCACCACCUGCGACUACAAGUUGCAAGUGGACGUCCCGGAGCGCUUCUCGGCCGCCGGCAUGCCUUGUGUCCUGGGCUCCACGAGCUUCUCCCAAGGGUCUCACUCCUGGGAGGUGAAUAUCGGCGGCGUGGAGAGCUGGUACAUCGGAGUGGCCAAGAAGCGCUGCGGCUACCAGUGGAGCCUGGGCUGCGACACCCGCCUGGGGCUUGGGUACAUGUACUGUAUGCAGGGCGCCCGGAAGAAGAUCUGCCAGGGUCUCUCCAAGUCCCUCCUGGCGGAGGCUGGGCGCAUGAAGGACCUCCAGAGGGUCCGCGUGGAGCUGGACUGCGACGAAGGCGAGCUCUCCUUCUACGACGCCGAGCGGAAGGACCACAUCUACACCUUCCACGACAAGUUUGGGGACGUCGUCCCCUACUUCUGCAUCUGCAGCGCGGAUGCCGAGGAACCGGAGCCCUUCAGGGUCUGCCCGCUCCAGGUGCUGAUCAAGGAAGAUUACCCCAACUGAGCGGGCUGCAGUUCUGCAUUGGCCUCUUCCCCCCCGUCUUGCAUCCCUCACAUGCUUGUGAAAGCCUCUGUAUGCUGGCACGGACUUGGAGAGUAAAAAAAAAAAAGAGUGCCCUGUUUUAGCUCGCGAAGGCUAAAGUUUUCUGUUGGAGGCAGCCCCGAGAAGUGGCUCAACUCUGAGUGCUGCCAUGAAGGGUGGCUGGAGUGGGCAGAGACGGAUUUGACCCAUGGGCGACACCCUGCCCCAGAUGUGCUAUGCAGCCCUCCUAGAAAUGGAUAGGAGGGGGCCAGCCAGGGGCCUGGACUGGUGGGCACAGAGGAAUUGUCCCACGGUGGGGGAGAGGCGAUGCUUGAGCGGCUCUGCUCUGGAUUCAGUCUGUGCAGACGAAGCACCUCUUUGUUUUGUUCAUGUCACAAUGGACUCAUCUUGCACAUCCGUGUGGGGCUUUGGGGCGUGAGCAUGGCAGCACGUGCUGAGAUGCAUCCCAUGCCCUGCAGCCUGUUCUUGGGGGGGGGGUAGUGGCUCUGGGGGAGGGGGCAGGCUGUCGUGGUGGUGGUGGUGGUAAUGGGGAGAUUGGGAGGGGUAUUGCAAGAGGCAACCUUGCUGUCUAGCCAUCUGGCAGAAGCCUGUGUGUGUGCGUGUGUGUGCGCGCUCGCUCCUCUCUCUCUCUUAAGCAGCAGAAGAGGCUGUAAUUAAAGUCGUCCUCCUCCCUGCAGCAGGCAGAGCCAAAGAUUUAUAGGGGCUGGAGAAGAGGCUUGGAAUAGACAGGGGGGUGCCUGAUUGGUUCUGACAGCAUGAUGUCACUGCCGCCCAAUCAGAAGGCACAACGGCCGCCUCAUUAGGCUGGGCGGGUGCUGGAGUCGAGCAGGGGAUUAACCCCUUUGUGGCUCUCCCCUUGCAAAGCCCUCCUGGCCGCUUCCAGCUGCUUCCUUGCUUCCCCUCGUGGCAGGGGAGGCAGGAAGCUACCACCUUCCAGGGGAAGGCUACCCUCCCCUGCCAUAGGAGCCCCCGCAUUCUUCACGGUUGGGUGGCAGGCAGAAAUCCAGCAGAUUACACCUACCCAUUUGGAGCAAGAAAAGCACCCCCCCCCUGCAAAAACAAAAACCCCAACAGCCUGUUGUUGCUUCUUCUGGCGCACUGGAAAUACCGCUGCUAGGGAAGAAAGCCCUAUGGUGUGGCCAUGCUCCACAUUGACUUUCCCUGGAGAACAAAGCUAUGACUAGCUCUGCCUUGACUAGCAGCACUCGUGUGAAGUGCUGCCUGCCUGUGCUCAGUGGCUCAUGGUUGCUCAUUUGGGGGGUCGGCAUCCCAGAUCUGGGGCUACAGAUCUCCCAGGGCAGGUGGCCCAUCGACUCUACCUUGCAGCAGGCGGCUUGGCUUACUUGCUUGAGUUCUGCAAGCAGCAUUGGGCAAUGGGUCUCCUCUCUGCUGGGGAUCACGGGAGUGCGGGGUAGAUCCUGUAGCAAACAAAAGCAGGAUUGUGCUGCCUCGGAGCAGGUUACCAAGAACUGGUCUAGCGCAGCCAGGAAGAGAGUGAGCAGCCUUUCUGGGUUUCGAUUCUCGCCUCUGCCACAAACUCACUAGGAAGCCUUGGGUGAGCCCUUCUGCGGGGACACUGAUGCUACUUUGCCUGACCGGCAUGCUGUAAGGGUUAUAUCAAGAUAGUCCAUGUGAAGCACUUUGCACACUGCAAAAGAAAGCACUAUACAAAUGCUUGUUAUAUUAUUAUUAUUACUAUUAUUAUUUUUAUUAUCCUUUACAAAAGUUUGCAUUCCAAAUAAAAUGGUUUCCUAAACAA